CUCGCAAUGUCAUUUUGAUCAUUAGUAUAGCCCGGAGUGUCGUCUCAUACAGGUCGUCUCAGUCUGAAAACUCUUAACGAGAAAUUCUGUGGGUCGUAUAUAUAGCGUAGGAAACAAAUAAAGUUGUACAGUGUCAAAUUAAAAUACGUUAAUCGAAAUGAGAGUGAAAACUGUACCGAGGCAAAGAAUUAAGAAAACUGACAGUGAACAAAAUUUUCAAGGACAUUCGGAUAAGCCUCGAGAAUUCGAAAGCAAUAUGGACAACCAAAUAAAUCCUGACAAUCACGAAAAGUCAUUGGAAUCCAACAAGGAAUUAAAAAAGUGUUUAUACCAAAAUACACGUCCUGUGGGAAAAUCAUCGCGUUACGAGCCUAUCCCGUUGACAGGAUUGCCUCGUAAAAAGGAGCCCGAACCAAAUUCAAAGGAAGAGCCAGUGUAUCAGAAAAGCCAAGAAAAUAUGGAAGUGAUGGAUUUGUCGAAAAAAAAAGCAAAACCCUCCAGUCAUUUCGACGACAAUAGCAACGACAAGCUGAAGGACACCUUCCUGUACAAGAUCAUGACGGAUCCGAUGUUAGUGCAAAAUAUACGCAAGGAUAAGAUAUCAAAGCAGUACAACUGUCCGUUUUGCAAGCAAGGAUUUUUUCACGAGAAUGAUCUAAACGAUCACAUGGAAGUUCGCAAGGACAACACGAAUCAAAUAGCGUGUUGCGCCUGCGGCAAAACGUUUGCCCAGAAACGUUAUCUGCGCUACCAUCAGAGAUGUCAUUCCCACAGGCACAAGUUCACCUGCGAGAUUUGCACUCGCGAAUAUUCGCGUCUGGACAAUCUGACGCGUCACAAUAUCUUUCAUACUAAUCCGGAUAAGUUCUCUUGCGCCUUCUGCGAGAGGACUUUCGCCAGGAAGGACUUGCUGAACAAGCACCAGCGCUGCCACGAGAACAAGCAUCGCUUCCACUGCGCCCUCUGUCAAAAGUACUUCAAGGGACCGCUCUCUUUGGAAAAUCACCGGAAGCUUGUUCAUCCAAACGCUUAGUGACACAGUGAGGGACGCCGGGCGUCGCGACGUUUUACAAAAGAGUCAACAUUAUUUUGUAGAAAUUAUCUCGCCACCAGAUAGGCACCAACGUAGGAAGCGAAGAAUGGAAGGAACAAGAGAGAGGAUGAGAAAGAGAGAGUAAAAAAAAAAAUUCUCUAUACUCCCCCCUUUAGCGAUAAAUAAAGUUUUUCUUAUUUUUAUAUUAAAAAAUAAAAAGUUGCUAAAACUCAUAGAGCUGCGGAUCAACUAUAAUAGCGUUGUGUAUGCGUCGAUGUAGUAGAUAACGAAACUAAGAAAAGUAUAGCGUUAAGCCCUGUAUACAUAUGUAUGUAGUAUAAUAGUAAAGAAGCAGCGAAGAAGAAUUAAGAUAAAUAAAGAAUUUUUCGAAAAAGCCU